CGCGCGCGCCCCUCUCUAGACAGGCGGAGAAUAACGGAAAAUAACAGAAAAAAAGGAGAAAGGGGGUAUCCUGAGAGCGGAAGUCAUUUGUUGUUUUGGAUUAAUAUUAUUAUUAUUGUUGUUGUUUUUUUAAUGUGUGUGUUAAAUUAGAAUGAGAUAAUUAAGGAUGAAGGCGGACAUGGUGAUGCUGAGGAUGGUGUUGUUAGGCUGAGAGGAGCACAAAAGAAAAAAACAUAAUCUCUCCCUGACGGAGGAGGAGGAGGAGGAGGAGAACGGAAGAAAAUAAACAGCGCGCCGAAAGAAAGAAAGAAAGACAGACAGUAAAGAAAAGAAGAAGAAGAAGACGACGAAAGGUAGCCGCUCGGAUGCCGCCGCCAUCGGCGCUAUGCUAACACCGAGCUGGGUGAUGCUGCUGGCGGGGCUCGUGUCGGGCUACAUCCCGGACAGAGCGCACGGAGCCCCGCAGCCGGAAGUGUCUUUCUCCCGGGACGUGUCCCUCUCCCCUCCAGCCUACGUGGUCAUCCUGCUCUCGUGCUCGGGGUUGGUCUCCUUCAUCCUGCUGCUCCUCACUUGUCUGUGUUGUAAGAGAGGCAGCGUCGGCUUCAACGAGUUUGAUAAUGCUGAUGGUGAGGAAUGUUCCAGUCCUGUUCCUGAGGACAGUGUGUCCUCGUGUGUGUCUCUGCCCGAGGUUUACACACUUCCUCUGCGAGACAGAGCAUGCUCAACGCUGCCUAAUGGCACAGGCUCGAGUACGCAGUGUUUUCGCAGACACACUCUCAACUACCUGCAGGAGAUCGGAAAUGGCUGGUUUGGAAAGGUGAUCUUGGCGGAGGUGCUGUGUGACUGCAGCCCCUCUCAGGUGGUGGUUAAAGAGCUGAAGGUCAGUGCCAGUCCUCUGGAGCAGCGUAAGUUCCUGGCCGAAGCCGAGCCGUACAGGAGUCUCCACCACCCCAAUAUCCUACAGUGUUUGGGUCAGUGCAGUGAGAAUAUCCCUUAUCUCCUGGUUAUGGAGUUCUGCCAGCUGGGCGAUCUCAAGCGGUAUUUAAGAGCUCAGAGGAAGUCGGACGGCAUGACCCCUGACCUUUUGAACCGUGACCUAUUGACAUUGCAGCGGAUGGCGUAUGAGAUCACGUCAGGUCUUUUACACCUCCAUGAGAACAAUUACAUCCACAGCGAUCUGGCACUGAGGAACUGCCUGCUAACCUCAGACCUGACAGUCCGGAUUGGAGACUACGGCCUCUCGCACAACCACUAUAAGGAGGACUAUUAUUUAACUCCCGAUAAGCUGUGGAUUCCCCUGCGCUGGAUCGCUCCAGAGCUUCUGGAGGAGUUCAGAGGAGAAUUAGUGGUUACAGACCAGACCAAGACCAGCAACGUUUGGUCCUUAGGCGUGGUGAUUUGGGAGCUGUUUGAAUUCGGCGCACAACCACAUCGCCAUUUAAGUGAUGAAGAAGUUCUCACGUUUGUCAUUAAGGAGAGACAGAUUACGCUAGCUCAACCACGUCUCAAACUCUCCCACGCCGACUACUGGUACGAAGUCAUGCAGUCAUGCUGGCUUCCACCUCCUCAGCGUCCAACAGUCAACGAAAUCUUCAUCCUCCUUUCCUCUCUCCUGGCCGCAGAACAAGGGACUAGCAGGAGGAGCGUGGCAGAGGAUGAGGACGAAGACGAGUAUGAGGAAGCACACGGCAGACGGAGGCGAGGAGAAAGCGAGGAGUCUUUUGAAAGACGAUGGGACUCGCUUCGCCCCAGCGCAUUUCAGUCAGGUGCAGGUGAACGACAGAAAGAGAGAGGAUACAGCAGAGAGGAGGGUAACUCCUUCCCUCUUUUGGAUCCCGUGAAUUCAAUCCCUCCUUCGUCACACGAGCUUGAUGACAUCCUGACAGUCACUGAGACUAGCAAAGGAUUGAAUUUUGAAUAUUUUUGGGAAAAAGCACAUGGUAGGAGGGGUUAUAAACCACUUCCUCCUCCUCAGCCAAUACCAACGCCCAACUCCGGUCAUCGUCAGUCUUUGGACACGCCCACAGUUGUGCCUGUGAUUAGCGCACGUAGCCCUUCAUUAGCCAGCGAGUACUACAUCCGUUUGGAGGAACACACCCCGCAGGAAAAAUCCAGUAAUCUUAAAGGGAGGUCAUUCUUGUCCCAAAAAAAUUCAUCUAGUCCUGGUGACUUGGAGUUGGUAGAGAUUUCUAGUGGGACACUGGGUAAGGGAAAGACUACCUACCAGAAUACUGUUGGACAAGGUGCCUCUCAGACACUCCAGACUGUGAGAUCCAGUGAAAUCCAUGUCCUGGUGCCAAACACAGGUCUGGUAGAGCUCAGUAAAGAAAGUUCUAACAGAGUAACCGAUUACGCGGUAGUAGACAUCGGGGAUGUCAAAAGAGACCCAAACCUGAGACGCUCUGGAUCUGUAACUUCCCAAGUACCAAUCCUUCCACCAAAACCUCGCUCAAUGUCGAUGUCUUCAGGCAGCAAUCUACUAUCUCGGCCUCUCCCAGUUCCUCCACCUAUGUAUGCCCGCUCAUAUGGCCUAGGUCACUACCCUGCACCCUCUUAUCCCAUUAGCAAAUCAGAGACUUCAGAUUCUUUGUUUAUGAGCAGCUGCUCAACCUCAAAAGCCAACUUUGAUCAUCUGGGAUUUAACAGGACACACCAGAGGCUGCCCCCAUCUCCGUCACAUUCUCCCUCCAUCCCUCCAUCCUCCAUGUUUCCUCCGCCUCAGAGUUGUCCUCCACCCCUUCCUUCUCACUACAGACCCCAAAAGGAUCCCUUCCACAAUUACGAGGGUGAAGCAUUCCCCAGACAUAACAAUCCUGCGGUGCACUUAGACAGAGACCUGUUAAGCUGUGACUAUUCUGAGAAGCAGACUGCUGGCAGGAGUACGUGUUCCCAGUCAUUGCACAACAUGAAGAACGAGUCCCCGGGAGGCAGAGAAUCACCCUAUUCUAACAUGUUUCACUCAGAGUCGAUUCCAGAAAUUGAAAGAAAGUCUUCCUCCAGCACAACAUACUCAGAAGAUGACUAUAAUUCCCCGUUUGUAUCUCCAAGUAGACUCAGCAGUGGUACUAUCAUCGAACACAUCAGCUUGGUCGAUGACCCGGAUCCCGCUACAGCAGAACUGUUCUCCAGAGGCAUGAAAAGAACCCAAUCACGUCUUGACACAAUUCUUCCAGCUCUCUGGAAGGAGGAGGAUGCAGAGAUGCAUCGUGAGCGAGUUGCAGCAGCUAGGAAGUCACCAAUACACCUGUUCUUGACGGAAAUCUCCAGCGAGCCAUUAGACUCCAGUGUCGGGGAAACCCCAUGGGGCAGGGAUAAUGAAAAGGAUAGUGAAUUUAAAGGGAUGCGACGCUCUCAGUCCCUCCUCACUGAACUCAAUUCAGCAUGGGAUUCCAAUGCAACUCCAGUAGAUGGUGGUAUUAAAAAGAAGGAUUUGUUCCUAACUGAGAUUGACAGUGCAAUGUCAGAUUGUGAAGAUGUAUAUGAUGGUGAUGGAGGCGUCCCAGUGUCUCGCUUUGGGACCACGCCAUUUCCCUAUGCGCGUCCUGAAGAUUUGUCUACAUAUGCUGAAGCAGACGAUGUUUUUACACAAGAAAUGAAGAGAUCGCAAUCUCUACUGUCUGAGGUAAACCCUGGGAACAUGGAGUCAGAGAAGAAAGACAUGACCAGAGACGAGUUUCUAAAAGAGAUUCAAUCAGCUGAGACGUUUCUCACUGAGAUAAUAACAAGACAAAACAAACAGGAAGAAAGUCAAUCACCUGAGGCAAUAUCACCUGUGUAUGAGUCCAUAUGCAUUGACCAAACAUUAACACCAAAUAUAAAAUUUGAAACAUUAGCCACGCCUUUGAGCGAUACGAAAGAGGCAAUUUACGCCCAAGUUACUAAAAGAGCUAAAAGAAAUGACAUAAAAGUUGCACUCCGUCCAGAAAUGCCUGUUUUUCAAAUAGGAUCAGAACUACAAAACCUCAAAAAAGAGCCAAAUGUAUCCACUUAUGCUCACACAGAUAAAGAAGAAACUGAUUUGAAACCCAGAAGCCCUGCUCAUUUCAUUCCUUCAGACGUCCUGCCCAAAACAGGGCUUUUAAUGGACCAGAUAUCCCCAGUGCGAACCGAGAGAACAGAUGUCGACAUAAUUGAGGGUGAAACGGAAGAAACGCUCAAUAAUGUUAGCUUAGAACCAUUGAAACAGUCUGAAGUUCAGUGUAUGUCAAAGGGUACCAUAGAUAAAGAUGUAAAAGAAGUUAGCGAUAAGAGUAUUUUUACUGACAAAACUGAGUGCGCUGGUAACAAGAUUGUGGAGGAAAUCCAUGUGCACGAUCCACUGGUGUUCAGAACAGAAUCAUUUGAAAGUUCAGAUCAAUUCUUUAAUGUAAAAGCAUCUCUGUAUGGAGAUAUUUCUGAUCGUGGUAGUUUAUCAGGUUCCUAUGCCUCCACAACUGAACAAGUAUGUGACCAAGUUAUUCAAGGUUGUACAAGUCAAGACUUUCCUCAAAUCUCCCCAAAAGAGACAUUGUUUACCUCUGAUGAACAAGCUACGGAUUUUUUUAUGAGAACCAAACACAGUGGUAAAGAAUUCGACAGCCUAAAAGAGGGCAUGAGUGCAGCUGACUCUAUGCUGUCUCUUGGUGAAGCAAGCUGCGAGGUGUUACCUCUGUCCUUUCCAAGGGAACCAAAUUCUGAACAAUCCCUGUCUACUAUGACACCUACAGACUCAACAAUGUCACCUCUUACUUCUAGCUCUAUGGACUGCCUCACACCUGGAGACCCAUGGGCUAGUGGCGGAGGCACUGGCUGGAGGAUCUUGGGUACCGAAACCCCCUAUCGAGAUUCAGCUUAUUUUUCUGACAAUGACUGGGAUGGUGGGGAAGGUUUGCCCAGAAGAGGUUCCGACGGAUUGGGAUCUUCCCGUCCAGGCAGUGUUCGACCUGGUGAGAGAGGUACACUGAUGGGAAUCGAAGAAAAAACAGAGGUAGAGGACGAUGUUCAGGAUGGCAAAGCAGCUAAAAUAUUACUUAAUGCUGUCCUGGAUUCGGUGAAAAACAUUACUGAAAUGAGUCCUAAACAUGGUAGAGAUGGUACUUUGAUUUCAGACUUGGAGAAUUCUGAGGUAUCCAAAACUGAAAACAGUGCUAUUAAUGAGUUGCUUUGUGCAUUUCAGGAUUCACCGCUAAAAGCUUUUUCAGGAACCGAUGUCUCCAGGUUUUCCUUUCAAAUAUCUCCUGAUUUAAGUGAAGAUAAGUACCUUCACAAUGUGGAAAUACUUACCAAAACAAUAGCACAACCUUUAGAAAAUAUUCACAAGACAAGCAUUAUGGAGGAAAUUCCUGAAACUUAUUCAGAAAAAAGUGAAUAUGAACUGACAUACACAUCAAAAGGUAAAGAAAUUCAGAGGGAAGCCCUUAGGUCAGGAAAGCAGACACUGGAUAAACAAGACAGUGAUGCAAAUGAAUUGGGCUUGAGAAACUUUACUUUUACAGAAGAAAUGGAGGAGCAAUCAAAGGCAAAGUCUGAAGCUGAAAACCUGUUAACUGAAGCUGAGCUUUGCUUCACAACAAAGAAAUCUUCGCACAUCGAACGGGAGCAUGAAGACCUGAAAGACUGUUCUCCAAAGGAAUGUUUUGAUGAAUUUGAGGAGGAUGUCUCAAAGAAGCUAACUGUGAAAGCAAAGGAAUUACGGAAGAUUCUUGAAGAACCUGGUUCCACAAACAGAUUGUUGAAAGAUUCAGUUAUUUGUCAUCCACUUCAGCAAGAUGAUCAUCAAAUCUGGACAACGGAAAAUGACCAGUGGGCUUCACCUGAAAAGAACACACAGGUGUCCAGUGAAAAUUACAAGAAAGGACCUGAGGGAAAUGACCUCUGUGAAUCUUUUAAAAAUGACCAGUGGGAAUCAGCUGAAAAUGACCUGUGGUCAUCAACUGAAAACGACCAGUGGGCAUUGCCUGAAAACAACCAAUCAGCAUCAGACAAGAGAUCUGAAAAAGAACUUGCGUCAGAAUUCUUUCCAGGUUUAGGACAAAACAAGUGCACAGAAAACGAGAUUUUUGGGACGAGCCAUGAGUUUUGGGAAAUGGAAAACGAUGAAUUAGCAAAAAGUGAACCUCAUCCGAUCAUUAUAGAGACAUGUGAAAGCACCUGCGCUGAUGAAAAGCCACAGCCUAGCAAAAAUCAAUCAAUGUUGUCCAAUUGGGUCCCAGAAAAUCUUGAAUCUCAACAGAGGAUGGGCAUCCAUCAGGAAGAAAACAGUCAGACUCUUUAUGUGGAGAACAGGGAAUCGGAUCAGGGUGAGAACCUUAAAGUGGAAGUGGACAAUUUGGAGAACCCAGAGCAAGAGCUGGUCAAACAUUGUAACGGCGUUGGAAGAAAAAGCGGUGAUUGCAAUGCAUCCAUCCAAAAUGAGGCAGAAGAUGAAUUUCCAGAAGGUGAAGGAAAUCAGAUCUUUAGCGGACUACCUGACGUCCUUGAUGUAAAGAAAGAGGCUGGAGAAGGCGAACACCAUUUUGCUAAAUCAGGAGGGUGUGAAGGCAUAAAGAUUCAGACUGAGUCUUAUACCAAUCACAACAAUAACUGGGUCAUUGCACCAUCUGAAACUGAUGAGAUCCAGGCCAUUAAACCCCACUUAACUUCAGUACAUCAAGACACAUAUUUUAGUCGGAAUGUUGAAAAUAAUCACUGCCAAACAUCAAGCAGAGAGACAGGUGGGGAUUUAUUCCUUGAAAAUGACAGAUCAGAUUCUCCAUCUUGUCCCAUUCUCACCGUUAAGGCCGAAACAGAAUCUUGCACGAUCCACAGCAGCGACGUCCAGUGCUGCUCUCCUGCCUUAAUGUCUAUGGAUAUAUCGAACUGUGAUGCUUCACAGCAUGCAGAAGUGCCCGACUGCCAAAGCCCAAACAGUUUCCCAAACAUGGUACACCACAUAGAGAUCAAGUCUGGUUCGACUGAUCAACCCUGGGUGGAUGUCACAGACCAUGAAAGUCUAUUGAUCUUCUCUAACGAUUCAGAUUCUUUUAACAGAUCCACACCUGAAUGCUCAACCAGUACCCACAGCAAAGGCAUUACUGCGAAUUUGGGGCAAAAACCAUCACUGAUCGCUGAAGAUUCAUCCCACCUGUUAUCCGAUUGCAUAAACGAGGAUGACCUGAGGAAAAACAAGUCUCACUCUGUGAUCUCUCAGAGCUCCUUGAACUCCAUCCCGGAAUUGCUCAUCUCAGAGUGGAAGGAUUUGGACGAGGAACCUUUGGAGGAUUUCGAAAAGCUGGAGAAGUUAUGCUGCAUUUCUGGAGAUGAAGAUAUCCUGGGAGACCUCUUGCUAGGAAAUUUGGAACUACUAGAAUCCUUGAAGAAGAAUCAUCAGGCUUUGCCUAGCACCAAGGAUGACCAUGAGAACACAAGAGUUGAGCUGAGCGAGGAGGUUCAGGGAAUCUCGCACAUUCCCGUGAAUGAACUGGAAGAAAAUAAGCUUUUACUAGAAAAGAAAGAUGGCAUGAACUUCUCACCAGGGCUUUUACCAUGUCAGUUGAGCGAAGGUGCCAAAGGUCAGAGGUUGGUUUCGCAAAUGCCAGCUAAAAAUGGGCUAAUGAUGCAGGUUUGUGAAGAAAAACUGCAGUACUCCCUGAGUGAGAAUGUUCAAACCAAUGUACUUUGGGGAUCCACCGUGACCGAAAGUGUUGUUCUGCAUCCAUGGGCAGAAACCAGCAUCAGCACUGCCAGUGAUGCUGCCAAUAUACAGAUGUCAAGAGGAACUGAGAGUAAAGAUGACGCGGUCCCAUCUAUCCCAGUUUUGCCCAAAAUUAAGGAUGCUGAACAGGAAAUGGGGACAACGAAAAUGACGGCGAAGGCUGAAGUCACACCUGAUCCACCUGCCGCUAACCAAGCUAUGAAAGCUAAACUGGCCCGCCUCUCCCUCUCUCUCCCCCCACUGCCUCUCUCGCUUCCCCUUUCUCCUGGUUCCAAAGGAUUCUGGGAAGCAGGAGAAAACAGACUCAGCCGGAGAAGGGCCUUCUCAACAGGAAGCGACCCUGAGGAGGACGAGGAAGACGAAGAGCACGAGGACGAUUCCUCUAGGAAGGUCAUUGUCGUCACGGAGACCGAUGUUCACAAGCGCGUGGGGCUGCGGAGCUUGCUAAAAUCGCCGAAGGAACCCGUCGACAAAGAGAACCGCGACCACGGGAGGAACGUCUCCUUUUUCGAUGAUGUCACUGUCUAUCUGUUUGAUCAGGAAACGCCAACCAAUGAGCUGAGUUCCGGCUCCACCCCUACGAGUCCAUCUCCUCUUGGAAAGCCCGCCCACUUUGAUGGACACGGAGGAGCGAGUGGACACAAAGCCAGCAAGAACAAAGAGCACGCAAAGUCGAAAUCAGCACCGAGCUCAUCAGUGACAUCAGCAUCGUCGCGCUUCACCGUCAGCCCCGCUGAUGACCCUCAUUUAGUCUGACACGCUUCGAUGCGCAUGCGCGCACACACACACGCACACCCUAAGGAAAUAUGUAGCGCUCUUGAGUGACGCUCGUCACCCAGAGGUUAUUUUUUUAAACUCAGACUCCUGGUUUUUUUUGAGGCUGGAGGAAAAAAAAAAAAAAAACUAAAUAAAAAUAUUUCAGGAAAACUGAAACGGAGUUCACGGCUAUGCAAUAGGAGUCUCGUUACGGUUGUACCAGCUUAACUGCUCUAUUUUCAUGGCUUCUUAAAGUACAUUUGUAUUCUGUAUUCAGAAGGGGAAGCACUUUCUUCGACCAGUACCUGUCUGUCUGUGAGCUUCAGUAGAAAUGUUAGGUGUGUGCUGAGGUCAUAGGUUACAAUAUUAUCGCGGUGUUGAGAGGUAAGGUUCGACAAGGAUAAAAGUUCAUAAAUUCACACAGAUGCGAAUAAUAGCAUUAAGUGUUAAACAUGACGAUACGUUCUGCAGCCCUGAUUAUCGGCACACGCCUAACAGUAAGUGUAAACCUGUUCUUGUUGCAGUCGAGGCGACUCGAAGCCUCCGUAUCUACCAGUGCAGUGCUCUUUUAGUCUUUGUACAAAUGAAUAGUGACAUUACAACAAUGUACAAACUCAUUUUAGGAUUUAUUUCACCUUUAUUCUUAGAUUGCACGCAAGAAAAAAAAAUACUGCUACCAACUGUCUAAUUUCUGUUUUAUACAGUGUCUUUAAUUGUGAAUUGCUAUUUAUUUAUUUAUUUGUUUGAUUGUUUGUUUAGUUAGCACCCCCCCCCCCCAAGAAAAAGAAAAACACAAAAAAAUUGCACAUUUACUUUGUCUCAGAUGUUAUGCAUUAUUUUAAUCAGGUGCUACCUGCAUCAAAAGCCAGAUUUAUUUCGCCCCCAUGAGCUUUGCAAUAUUUUUAAAAAAAAUUAUUUAGCUACUUACUUACCUAGAUGUUAGUGUGUACUGAUUUGUCACUUUAGCGUGUCUAUUCGUAAAUGUUAUUUUGAAGCGUGUUUGGCACAUCACAUCAUUUACGUUUAAGAGCAAAGAAAUCGGAAACACACACACAUACACACAAAACCAUUAGUUAGGUUCAUAUUUAAUUUGAUAAAUUAGCGUCAGAGGUAAAACCAGCUCAUUUGUAAAAGUGGAUUUCAGCAACCUGUUUCAUUGCGAGGUUUCUUAAGGAUUAUUCUGGGGAUGAAAAAAACAAAAAGGAAACUGUGAAACAUUUAACGAACUGUUUGAUGAAAAUAAAUUGUA